GGUCAUGUUUUCCCAAUACAAUCAUCACUAAAGUUCUCUCAUGUGGACUCAAAGAUUUUUGUUACCAUGGAAACAAAUCAGCAGAUGUUGCUAUGGCAACUGAAGAAAACCUACCUAAAAUGCCAUCAGUUGUUGGUAUAUUGGGUCACUUGGCACAGCAGCAUGGACACAACAUUAAAACAGCAUUGUUGCAGUUGUUUAAGGAUAGUAUAGAGUCGGACCCUGAUUCUAUGCAGAUAAUGACUGUGCCCUAUCUGCUCCAUUUGGCCUCUAUGUCUCCAUUGCUUCUGAGGGUUAUAUCUACAGAGUUCCUCACUGCAUUGACGCCACAUAAUCUAAAUAUGCUCUGUCAGCAGUCCACUUAUUGGCAUUCCAAGAAUAAACAGGACAUCAAUAGUCUGUUGAACUUGUUAGUGCAUCUGUUGAUGAAGUGUGAAGACCAAACAUUUGAAAUCAUCAUGUUUCUGUUGAACUCCAGUCAACAAGCCCAUAUCUCUCUCUUUCUUUUAGGAGAUGGUUGUCAAGUGAACCCUCUUGUACAGAGAGCAUGCACUAUCAUUCUGAGUAAGGUGCUGUUAGACUUGGAGCGUCAGAUCUUGAGUAAGCAUGACAACGAAAAGGAGAUUGUAUUGUUGUCGUCAUUGAAGCCGCAUGUAGAGAGACUAUGUCUGAAGUUGGUGGAGUCUACGGACACAAGGUGUAAACGUUGGCUGAUCCAGAUACUAGCAUGUGUGGGGUGGUAUAAUGGACUGGCGUGCGUUAACCAUAUCCUGGCAUUUUUAUUACUCAAUAUAUCCACCGAAUCACAACUGGGAGUGUUUAUCCAGCUACAACGAGAGAUAGAAAUACGCCUUCCUGCGGUCUUACUAAACAUCAUGUCAACGUUAUCCUUACUCACGGGAAAAGGGACUACUUCAUCUGCGGAUGUAUAUAAACUCUUGAGGAAUCUCACCACGAUUGUCAAAUGGGAAAAUGAAUCAAAAACUCCUCUUACAAGGUGCCAGUUUAAAGAAUGCAUUAUUAAAAACAUGGCCACAUUUGCCUCAUUCUUCUCUGAUGGGGAUCUAGAAACAGGCAUACAGUGUCUUCACUUACUCAAUAUGAUUGAUCUACCUGGGAAUCUAGAAACAGUUACCUUGGUAACAUUGGCCAGAUCCUGUGUAGCAACAUUAUUUUCAAUAUGCUCUACAGCUGGGGACACUGAUGAAGGUUAUAAAAACAAGCAGCGGAAUACUGAUACGUUGUGUGCCUAUGUGACCAAACUUAGCGAAUCCACAACUGCAUAUAGAUAUAUUCAGCGCACACUUCUUACACAGCUCCUAACUAAGGAAAAUGUUCCGCUAUUUGGCCACAAACAGGACCAAGCCAGUUUUUCAAGCUCUUCAAAGAGUACUCCAACCUCACUUUUUGAAGAGCUCCAAAAAACACAGCGUGAAUCAACAGUAGCGCAUCAUCACGGUGGAAUAAUUGGUCAGGGGAAACGAGUACACACUCAAGACGACUCAUUUACUCAGGAUGAUCAAGCGACCAAUCGUUUAUGUGCACUGCGGGUGCUAUGGGCUACCUGUUGUAGACGAACAGACAAUGAGUCAGCUGGGGGUGCAUCACAGGUUAUAGGCGAGCAUUUGCAUCACUUGAGUAACCUAAUGGUAGAACUUGUCACCCCUGAUGCUUGCUAUAAUGAGAUCCCGUGGCCUGAUGAGGACCUCAUGAAGGUGACACUAGAGAGAGAUCUUUACAUCAAGAAACAGUUUGACACAAAACCCAUAUUAUGGGAUAUUAUGGAACUCAUUUCAUUUGAUCACCUAGCCAUUGCUAAGAGUUCUCCAUUGUUACGUGGACUAGUUGCUGUUCAGGUUAAUUACUGGGUGUCCUGUAGAGAUAAGAACACCACCGAUUCCCCCCAGUCUGAGCAGUAUCUCCGUGAAUCUAACAGACUUCUUGAGUUCAUGGCCAAGGGCAACCUUCUUCCUCAACCAUUGUGUUUUAUUGCUGAAUUUUUCCGUCAUGUAUCUCCAUUCAAAGUGUUCCUCCUCUUAACCAAUGUCUGGGCUUUUAUCAAGGAGAAUCCAGAUAAUCUGACCAGCGAGACACCCACGCUUCUGCCUGGCUGUGCUACAAACUUCAUGGCUCUUAUACAGAACUUGAUGCAUGCAGAUAUAGAUAAACUUGGACAUUACUAUCCACUGUUCUUUCAAAAGACUUAAAUCUUUGACUUGUAUGGAGCCCCUUAUAAAGGCCCUUACUUUACAGAUCUCCUUGAUUAUCCAAACACUGUAGCCCUGUUGUAUUUUAAGUUCCUGACUUGAUAGCAUUUCUAUCAAACUAUAUACAAGCACAGGGUAUACAAGGGCUGUUCAAUAUAUUUAAUGGGCCAAUCUCCUUGAUCUUCAUCUUGAUCUUGAUCUUCAUUUGAUCAUUUUAAGUAAUACAUAUUCAGUUAGCUGAAAGGGACCACUGAGAUAACCAUAAAGGGGGUACAGGUCCAGAGGGCCAGUAAUGAUUAUUGAUGAUUGGUGAAAAAAUCAAUAUUGAGCCAUCUGUGUUAAAUGCAUUCAAUUACUUUUUGCUCACCCCUUGUACUGCAUAUGACAUAUGGUAUAUAUACAAUUAUCUCUAGUUUACUCACAAAGAUAGUGAUUCAGUUUGACAUAAAUAAAAACAAAAUGAAAAUAC